AUGUCAGACGAAGCUGAGGAGCAGCUAGCCGAACCGAUCGAAGAGGAUGAAGAAGUGAGUGCACAACCAGCAGAAGAAGAUCGAACUGAAGACCAGGUACCGGACAUUACUUCAGCUGAGGGGUUCGACCCAAUGACGACGAGUAUGGAUGGAAUUGAAGAGUUGCCACAAGCUGAGGAAACUCAGGAAGGUCUCGAUUCAGUAAAAGAAGAACCAGAAGAAGAAUUCCAUGAUGCAGAUGAAGGAGGAGAAGUACCCGAGGAAGAAGAGAUUCCUCAAGAAGAUGAGGUAGUGGAGGCCGAACCAAUCGACGAAGGUGCGCCUACAGAAGAAGAGCCACCAGCAGAGGAAGAACCCCCAGCAGAGGAAGAACCCCCAGCAGAGGAAGAACCCCCAGCAGAGGAAGAACCCCCAGCAGAGGAAGAACCCCCAGCAGAGGAAGAACCACCUGCUGAGGAAGAACCACCAGCCGAAGAACCCAUCGCUGAAGAAGCCCCGGCCGAAGAACCGCCCGCUGAAGAAAUUCCAGCUGAGGAGCCCGUAGCAGAAGAAGAGCCACCAGCAGAGGAAGCACCCGUUGAAGAGGAGCCACCAGCUGAAGAAACGGUCGAAGAAGUGCCUGUUGAAGAAACCCCCGUCGAAGAGCCUCCGGCAGAAGAAGCGCCAGUUGAAGAAGAAGCACCUGUUGAGGAACCACCAACUGAAGAAGAACAACCAGCUGAGGAGCCGCCAGCUGAAGAGGAGCCAGCUGCGGAACCAGAAGCCGAGCCUGAGGCUGUGAUGGAGGAGGUUGUCGUCGAAGAGGAAGCUCCACCAGCUGAAGAAGAACCACCUGCGGAUGAAGCACCUGCCGAGGAACCCGUUGCCGAAGAGCCACCAGCAGAAGAAGUCCCUGCUGAAGAGCCACAAGCUGAUACUCAAGAAUUUAACUUUGAAGAACCGCCACCAGUUGAUGAUGCCGCGGCUGAAGAACCAACAAGCCCCCUCAAAUCGCCAAAAAAGAAGAAGAAGAAGGCCAAGAUUGCCGAACCAGAAGUAGAGGCUGAACCAGAGCCGGUUGCUGAAGAAGCCCCACCUGCUGAAGAAGCUCCAGCAGAGGAGCCACCAACUGAGGAAUUUGUCGAUGCUUCCCCACAAGAGGAACCACAAGAAGUUGUUGAAGAGGUUCCUGCUCCCGAGUCGGCGCAAGUUGCAGAAACUGCCCCUGAGGAAGCCAAGGCUCCAAGCCCUGUGCCUGAGAGAGAAGCAACUCCACCAACUCGAGCUGCUCGUCGUGCAUCUCCAUCUCCACCACCACGACGAGAGCCCCGAGCACCUGUUGCUCAAUCAUAUGAUGAUUAUGAUAAAGAUUCUCAUCGCAAAAUUCCCCCACCACGUGACCCUGUUUCUGAAUCGUUCUCUUCAUGGACUCCAGCUGAUAGUGGAAAGAAAUAUCAGUCAAUCUCGAAUUACGCCGGUGAUAGCUCAGCUAAAUACAGCAGUGGAUAUACAUCAUCAUAUACUCCAUCAUCCAACUCCUACACAAAGACUUUUGAUGACUAUGUGAGCACCGGUCCUUUCUCGAACGCUCUCUAUUCGACUUCUCGUCUUGUUUCCCGUUCCCGUUCUCGUACCCGUGAACGACGCAACUCUCGACGAGUCCAACGAUCAUCAUCAAACUAUUAUCGAUCUAUGUUCAACUCAACCACUCUGCCAUCACCUGCUCCAAUGCAUUCUCGUGAAUAUUCUCAACCACCACCAUCAGCUGUUAUUCGUGCACCUGGACGAUCAACUUCUUUUGCUUCGUUCAUCGAUUAUGCCGGACAAAAGAAUUAUGAGAUUCAACGAACCAAUUCAAUGGUCGCCGAUUCAGCCAAUGCUCUCUCACGUUCCAGCUCUCGCGGCAAUGUGGAUUUGUACCUAGGUGGUGGACGACUUUCGCGAGUUGACAGUUUCGUUUCCCAUAUGGAAACUCCAUAUGAGAGUUAUCAACCAGCCACUUAUGAACGAGUUCGCUCAAGCUCUGUCUCUCGACCGAUUGGAUAUUCUGCGUACACUUCAACUCCUCUCUAUCUUGAUUCGGACGCUGUUCAUCGGCAUUCUCGUUACGACAGUACACCAAUCGGAGUUCGUAGCUUGUACGAGAACCGUAUCGGCCACUUGGAGAGGAGCCUUUCACGGGAAAGAAUUAAUAAAGAUCGGUUGCGUUCGCAGUAUCAGGACUUGAGCUCAAAAUUGGAUCAAGCUUGUCGUCAGAUGUCUCUUUUGAGGACUGGAUCAUAUACACAGAUGCCUCGUUCAUCUGUUUUCUCGCAUAUAGGAGCUACGGAGGAGCGGGUCGAGCGCCGACCCCUUCGCCCGUCCUUAGAGCGAACUAUCGUGUCCCGGUCUCGUGGUACGCCGGUUACUAGUCGACGCGAAACUAUCGAAAGAUGGCGUCUCGACAACGUGAUGUAUGGUGGUUUAUACAGUAGAAAUUCGUAUGCUUCACAAAAUUUCUCUUUGCUUGCUCAUCCUCCAUUUUCUUCUUAUUACCCUCCUUAUACUCCCCCAACAACAGGAGUGGAAAGAUCAGCUCGUUAUAUGCCCUCUACUUCUUCAAUCUACACGCAUAGUCCCCGCUAUGGUGCCUCGUUUCGUCAUUCUCCUCAUGUGAGUCGUGUUCCACCACGCGAUGAUGAGAUGCGCCAAUUAAUGAAUCGUUAUUUGUUAGGGACAUCAACUCAUCGUUCUCCUUCUCGUUUUAUCCCUGCUUCUUCUACUUUGAAUUCUUCACAAUCAACCCCUUCAAAAGCUUCUAGAUUUAUGCUCUUUAUAAAGAGGACGACGUUCUCCGUUUGGAUGCCGAGUGUGCCAGGGAACAAUCCACAUCCAAAGAGUGACAUUCAAGGCAAGUCUGUC